AUGCCAACAUACGUGAAGUUUUUUAAGGACAUUUUGAUGCAAGACUGCAAUGCGUUAGUAAGCAACAAGCUACCACAGAAGCAGAAGGACCCAAGGAGCUUCAUACUUCCUUGUUCAAUUGGAGGAUUAGAUGUGGGUCAUGCGUUAUGUGACCUAGGAGCGAGCAUCAAUUUCAUGCCCAUUUCAUUUUUUAAGAGAUUGAGGAUUGGCGAGGCACAACCUACUUCUGUCACCCUUCAACUCGCUGAUAGGACAAUUAAGUACCCGAAAGGGAAGAUUGAAGAUGUUUUGGUGAAGGUUGACAAUCUCAUAUUCCCAGCAGACUUCAUUAUUUUGGAUUAUGAAGCAGAUAGGGAGGUUCCAAUCAUCCUUGGACGCCCUUUCUUAGCUACUGGGAAAGUUCUGAUUGACGUGCAUAAAGGUGAGCUAACCAUGCGCGUGGAUAAUGAAGAGGUGAAAUUUAAUAUGCUCAACGCAUUAAAAUUCCCAAACAGUGAUGAUUUUCAGCUAAACAAUAUUGAAUUGACUGAAGAAGAGACUCAAGUAUGUGAAGUUCUCGCGUUGGAGGGAACCCUGAAGGAAUCCGAGAUGCCAAGUCUGAGUAAGCAGCAGACAAAACCAAUGCGUCCUUCACUCGAACAACCACCUGAACUCGAAUUAAAACAGUUACCCAGACAUUUGAAAUACGCUUUUCUUGGAACUAAUAAUACAUUGCCUGUUAUCAUUUCUGUUAAUCUCACAAAGCCUAAUGAAGAUUCACUCUUGUAG